CACGACUGUCAUCUUUAGUUUAUGUCGCAACCGCUGUAUGACAGCUGUGCUGUGUUAGAAAAAUUGGAAAUUAUGAAGUAGAUUUAUUUCUAAAUUAGUGAGUUUAAAUGACAGCUGGAAAAGAAACCAUGGGGGAGCAGCCAAUCUUCACGUGCAAAGCGCACGUGUUCCACAUAGACCCGAAGACCAAACGAUCGUGGAUGUCGGCCAGCUCCGCGGCAGUGUCCGUCUCCUUCUUCUAUGAUUCAUCGAGGAAUCUCUACAGAAUCAUAAGCGUGGAGGGGACUAAGGCGGUGAUCAACAGCACAAUAACGGCGAACAUGACAUUCACCAAGACGUCACAGAAGUUCGGCCAGUGGAGCGACGUGCGGGCCAACACCGUCUACGGCCUGGGUUUCGCGUCCGAGGCGGAGUUGGGAAAGUUUAUCGAGAAGUUCCAAGAGGUGAAGGAGGCGAUCCAGGCGGCGCAGUGCGGCAAGCCCGCCAACGGCUCCGGCGCCGCCACGCCCGUCGCCUCCGCCACCGCCUCGCCGCUGCUCGCCGCGCGCGCCGCCGCCGACGAGCCGCCCGCGCAGCUCUCGCCCGCGCAGCCAAAAACAGAUAAUGACGAAAUGAUGGUUCAUCAGCGGGCGCAUUCAGUCUCAUCCACUAUUCAGGGCGGCUACGCGACGGUGGGGCGCGCGGGGCGCGGGGCGCUGGGCGCGGGCGGCGCGGGGGGCGCGGGCGGCGCGGGGGGCGAGCCGGCCGCGCCCGACACGGCCGACCAGCUGCGCUACGAGAACGACCGGCUCAAGCUUGCGCUUGCGCAGAGUUCUGCGAACGCGAAGAAGUGGGAGGUCGAACUGGCGACCCUCAAGAGCAACAACCUCCGGCUGACUGCUGCCCUGCAGGAGAGUACUGCCAACGUGGACGAGUGGAAGCGGCAGCUGCACCAGUAUAGGGAGGAGGUGGCUCGCGCGAGACAUUAUGCUGGGAAGGGUGGUGACGCCAAUGAAGUGGAACAACUGCGACAGCGCGUCGCCCAACUCGAGGCAGAGCUAGCGCAGAAGAACGAGGAAUUGGCGCAAAUCACCAAGUCCAAGAAGAGUGAACAGGACGCAGAGGCGAAAAUGGCGCAGAGCCAGCUGGAGCUCGCGCUGGCGGCGCAGGACGGGCAGCGGCAGGUCAUACAGGCGCUCAACGACCAGCUGGCGCGGCAGAUCGAUGAGCUGUCGACGAUCCACCGCGAGAUCAGCACGGCGCUGGCGACAUGAGGCGCGGGGCGCGCGGGCGCGGGCGCGCUGCCGCUGCUGCUGCGCGCGCCGCUCGGCGCCCCCGCCGCGCCCGCGCCCGCGCCCGCCGCGCCCGAGCCGCACUACGUCGCGCUGCCGCCGCACUACUGAACUGAGCUAUCGGUAUUUCGCGUGCAGGACAUGUUCUGAGUGACGUUCGAAUUUUGAAUUUUCGAAUUGGAGCCGCUUUCUUUUUUCUUUUUUUUUUUAAUUCCGUUGCGCGCGUCGUGCGUGGAGGUUUGGAGUGAGGAGGUUGGUGUUUUUUUUUUUUUUUUGGUGAGCUUGGGAUGGUUGCGAUUUGCGAGUUUUGUAUGAAAAGGCGUUGUUCGUAUCGUUUUAGGGACGUGGUUGCGUGGGUGUGAUUGGGAAUAAUUUUGUUUGGCUUGAAAAAUAUAUCACAUUAAAUUAAUGUGAUACAUUUUUGGGAAUGUUUUUAAGUAGGUUCAGAGAACGCGUUGUUACAUAUUUGGUGGUUGUUAUGAGCUCUUAUCAUUUUAUUAUGCAUUAAACGUGACUCGCUUAAAGAAAUAACAUUGAGGAAAUCGCAAUUGUUCCAAUGCCCAUGAUUUUUAUUUAUAACACAUAUUUGUUUGAAAGUAUUAAAAAGACAUUUCUAUACUUAUAUUCACUCAAUCUAGUGAACUAACCGUGACAAUUUAGACUUUCUCUUUAUUAGAUUUAUAUAGUUUUUUUUCUGAUGUUUUUAAUUAUUCCUUGUAGAUGUUUAAUAAUUUAGUUUCAUAAGCUAAAUUUAAUUCUGAAAUAUGAACACUAAUUUCUCUUUAUAAUUGUUUUAUACUAUCGAUCAAAAUAAGGAAUUUCAAUAACGAUGGGCGACAUUUUAUUGCCUUUAAGUUUUCCAUAUUUGCACUGGUAUUUUUAUUUUUAAAAGGUGUUGCCAUACGAUAUUGUCGUUCCUUAUUUACAUCAAGAAUUUUAAGCAAACUGAUGUUAAAAAGUGGUAUGAAUUUUAACAUCUAAAAGUAAAGAAAAAAUACAUAAAAAAAGGAUAAUAAAAUAAUUUUAUUGUCCUUUAAAAGUUAUUGAAAAAUAACUCUU